GCAGUGAUAGACUGACGCGCGAUGGUGCCGGCCAGACAGGUGUAUGUGCUGACUACUGGUGGCUGGGGCGGUUCAGUGGGAUGGCUCAGUUCAGUGAUUGGAGGGUGUUUAUUGAGGUGGGAGUGAUGUCAUUUGGUAACUGAGCCUCCAGCGUCACACACCACCCUCCACCAUGCAUCCGGCGGUGGCCAUGUUCCUGGUGAUGUUCGGCUGCUGGGCCAACGUCGUCACCCUGGAGAUGAUGACCACAGUGCAUCCCGGAUGUGGGAACCUGGUGACCUGUUCCCAGUUCAUCGUCAUUGCCAUACACGGCUUCGUCUUCACUAUGAAAUGCGGCACCGUGGCCUCCAAGAUCCCGUAUAAAGCUUACUUUAUGAUGGUGGGCCUGUACUUCGCUGCGAGUGUGAUCAACAACCACGCGCUGAAAUACGGAAUCCCGAUGCCUCUUCACAUGAUCUUCAAGGCGGGUUCUCUGGUGGCCAACCUGAUAAUGGGUAUGAUCGUGCUGGGUCGAUACUACCCGCGUCACAAGACCGUCUCAGUGGUGGCCAUCACCAUCGGUAUCAUCCUCUGCACGUAUGCCUCAAAGUCGGCACCAGUGCCCCCUCCAGCAGCCGCGGACUCCGCCCCCGGCACCAGCACCACUGCGGACACCACCACCAGCACCACUCCGUCCACCCCUGAGCACGGCGCAGCCGACAUGUGGUACGGCGUGCUGCUGUUGGUGACGGCCCUGCUGCUGUCGGCCCGGCUCGGCAUCUUCCAGGAGGUGCUCUACAGGGACUACGGUCGACACUCGCAGCAGGCCCUCUUCUUCACGCACGUGCUGCCGCUGCCGAUGUUCGCCAUGCUUAGUUCCGAUUUGCUCCACCACGCGGCGCUGUUCUCAGCCUCGGAGCCGGUGGUGGCGCCGCUGCUUCCCAUUGCUGUGCCGAGGCUCUGGCUCAUUCUGCUGGCAAACGUGUGCACCCAAUACAUCUGCAUCAGUUCGGUGUUCCACUUGACGGAGUCGUGCACCUCACUGACGGUCACCCUGGUCAUCACGCUGAGGAAGUUCAUCAGCCUCAUCUUCUCCAUCUGGUACUUCUCCAACCCGUUCCACCGCGAACACUGGAUCGGAUCGCUGCUCGUCUUCGCCGGCACGCUGGUCUUCACAGACCCGUUCAAGCUGCUCACACCCGCGCCCGCUCCUGCCGCCCAGAAGGUCAAGGCCAAGGCACAGUGAGCGGAGGUUCGCUUCCCGCCUGUCUGGGUGACCUCCGGUGUGGUAAGUCCCCUUUCCCGCCGCUGGCGAUGGGGAAACGCUCCUCCUGAGUCGCCGCACACUGGCGGGAGUUAGGUAUCAUUCGACGUAGGCAUAACUCUCCUUGCGGCGGGGUAGCCGUUUACCGGCACCGGUCACCCUCCGCUUGCGCGGUGGCCGGGUCGGUUCCGGCCCCCUGCUGUGACGUUUCGUGUCCGCGCUAUUUCGCUGCUGCGGACGGCGACCGCGCCCUGCCGGCCGUUGUCGCUGUUUGGCAGAGAGCCUGGCCCACCGCUGCCGAUUGCGCCAUGGUAAUAGCCGCUCUGAUGCGCCGCUGAACCGACCGGCGGCGAACCGUGAAUGCGAGCGGAGGGUAGUGGGACUGCGCGACUGUUGUCAGCGACCUGUCUCAGACCGUCGCUGGGGCAUGUGAUUCGUGGUAAUACCAAAUGACUGUGGUAUGCUGUUAUGUCGUGGCUUUUGUGUAAUGUUAGGCAUGUUGCGUUACGCCAGCUCAUCAAUCAUUUUCAUUUGCAUCACAUGUGACAGUUAAUUUGUUUCAGGGAUAGAUUAAAAAUGGCACUGCGCCUGCUUUUUAAGCUCAUUAUUUAUAUGCUUGGCCAAAGAAGGACAUUCCGCAUUAUUCUGAAAGCACUUGAAAAUAUUGAAUUGUUGGAAGUCACAUAGAACACAGCAGAAUAGAACACAGCACAAGACGCAUAGCACUAAGAACAAUAUUUUACCCAACAUGCUUUUGGUCGACCAUGUGACAGUUUUCCUCCUGCUUUCCACCUUGUUGUUACUAAUGCUUAUGUUGUUACUUAUGUAACUGUGCGUCUAUCGGUCAGAUGUUGUAAUAGCUGAUUGUUUCCUCUCAAAGUUUCCGGAGAUGGAGCUGGUAUUCAGCUGUGAUGUAGGUGAGAUGAAUGUUCUCGUGCUCGGCGGAUUUCAUGUUUUCAUGUUUCUAAUUAGCUGUUUAUAAGGCCAGCCUUUUUGUCCAAACUUCUCUAUUUAUAUUUCAUUUUCAGUAAAAAUUCGAUACGUGAACUACUAUUACACUACCACGGAUCACAUAACGGAUCGGCAACUCCCCCCGCGACCUGUCUCCCCUGCCACCUGGUGGGCAUUUAGGUGAACUAUCUUCACUAAGGAAGCGGCCGGCCUCGUGCGUGUUGAGGGCGUCGUGUCGGAGCUAAUCAAGUGAUUUUUCUGCGGAACAUGGUUUCUCAGCUAGCUCAGAAGAUACCUAUGGUAUAAAUGAGAAUGGCAAGAAUCGUUAGAGACAGGUUAAGUAUUUGAGAUCGUAUCCUUUGUCAUGAAAAUCGUUGUUUUCAUACCCACGUGGGCGACCUAGCGUCCAUCGCUAAAUUGGUAAUUUUCCGAUCGCUGUCAUCUCUUACAUAUAUUUCAUGAGUACAUUUUUGAUAAAUAUUCAUCUGCCGAUUAAAUUAAAUCUAUCACUUUCACAAAUAUCCUACUUGCAUAAAGUAUAAACCCACGCCGGGCCGGUACACGGUACCAACCGCGCCGGGCCGAGGGUGUAUGAAACCCCGCCCCCUCCCCCCUAACUCGGCUUCUGGGCCACGUAGCCACACGGGGUAAGCGGCAUUCCAAAGAGCGUAAAAAUAAUGGCGGAAAUACUUCGGUCAUUUUUUUAGGUCAGAUCAAAGGUCGGGUCACCAGAGGUCAUUAAAGGCAAAUUUUGUCUAUUUCAACAAUUUUCGAAACAUCCGACGCAUAACUUGGGAACCAACAGAACUACUGAGGCGCGGAAAAGCGCAUUCGAUAGCUCUUUCACAGGUCCUUCUGAGUUUUAUUCACAGAUUUAACCUCAGGUCAACGGUUUUAGCGUCCAGAGAGCAAAAUCUCCAAAAAUAGCCGUGUUUACGAAAAACGUUUUUUUCGGUAAUAUCUUUUGACUCAAACGAGCCACGACAUUACUUUUGCCAGCAUCGUGUUCCUCUCGUCGAGACGCGUCGAAUGAACUAUAGGUUGACCUUGAAAGGUCAUUUUGAAAAUCUUACGUCAGGUCAAGGUCAUGACCUGACCGGAAAGGGUCAUUCUGCAUCAGGCGCGGAUACAAGGGGGGGGCCAUGGGGGCCAUGGCCCCCCCCCUUGGCCGAUUUUUUUUCAAAAAUAAAAUAAAAAGUUAAAAAGUUAAAAAGCUGAAAAGGGGGCCUCCUGAAAAUAAAGUGGCCGAAAUCCGAUGAGUUUUUUUUUUAACCUACCCACUUCGUUAUUUCUUAGAAGACUAGCUGAGAAGACUUCUUUGUUAGAAGAUUGGUAAAGCUUUUCAUAACUUGGAGGUCUCUUAUACUCACAGAGAUGACCACUUUUACAGGGCCUCCUAACCUGCACAGAGGGCCUCCAAGCCUGCACAGAUGUUGAGAUGUUGCCUGAACAGCUAGAUAAGCUCAAUAGACGCAGUUUUUUUUUUGGGGGGGGGCCCAACAAGUGGGAAGAUGGGGCCUCCAACAGGUGGGAUUAUGGGGGGGCCUCCUGGUUUCUAAUGGCCCCUCCCUUGGAGAUUUUCUGGAUCCGCCCCUGUUCUGCAUAUCAGUCGAUCCGUAUCGUCGAGCUGAACACAUCUGACGUGUUUUCAUCGCUCUAGCACGUCUCUAUCAAAAGUUAUAGUAAAAAACUGCUGGUGACCGUUUUUAUUCCACUGUUUACAUACAUGUAACCCGAUGUUUGAGGGUGUUAAGGAUGACCCGCCCAGACCAAAUGAGACGCCUUUCAAUUUGCUCUUAUUGAAUUAUUAUUAGUAUUACACAUAUUAUUAUGCAUAUAGAGAGAGAGAGUAUUGAGUAUGCGGCAAUAUAUAGGGUGCAAAAUGACCUGACCUGGCUCUAAGCCACAGAUAUUUUGAGAUGUCUGAUGUAACACGUGGCUAAACCAGCCUCGGGGCCAAAGCUAUACGAGCACUGUUUAGCAGCACGCUGCUACCCAGUACCUAGCAUCAUCAGGUAUGGGUGCCUCCGUUCCUAUGGAAACGUAAGCAAACUUCACAAUGUUGCCAACGUCUUAAUGGAAACCGGCUAAGUGUCAAUACCUUGUAGCGGCGGGGAGGGUCGUAUCGUGAAACAGGGGCCGAGAUCCACCUAUAGUCACGUUAAUGGCCAGCUCGUUGGAUUUGCUCCGAUGUUAUCUACUCCAACUGGUAGCCUGUGACCAUCGAGAUAGGAACAGGGGAUGAACUCGUACUAUGGGCAGACGGAUGAGGAAAGGUGGCUUCGUGUACGGCCAAAAACGACGUUAAAGUUGCGAGGACGUGCUUCUUGCUCAUACAACUCAAGCAUGACUAGAAACAUUUGUAUCAUUAUGCAUGCUCCAGCUGAUUAGGGAAUAAAGUAUGUAACAUUUUCAUGUUAUGGUAACAUUCCAGCUGUUAGAGAGACUCUGUAAUUUAAUCCGUUCACAACCUUUGAUUGUUUUUGUUUUGUUGGGUUAGGCCCUUUCGGUCCAUUGAGACCAUUGCAGAGCCGGAAGGAUUAUAGGAAUUGGGGGAAACAUUGGUAUGGACAGGCACCCUAGAGAGUCACCGGGGCUGAGCCCGUCCCAAUGGACAGGACGACCAGCCCCCCAAGCACUCUCUGCACCCGGCUACGGGUGUGCUCCCUAAGGGAGCAGUGGUGCGCUUCAAGGGAGCAGCCCGCAUGAGAUAAAGUUGCCUGUCCAGUCCGGAUCGAGAGUUGCUGCGUGGAGAAGAAGGAUUUGAACUUGAUCUGAACAUCCUGAGGAUGGAAACGACGGACGGGUGUUGCGUUCACACCCGUUUCCCCGUGCCUUUUAACACUGGUUGCGGCGGGCGGCCGGCUCCCCUCCUUAGUGAAGAUAUCCGCGCCGCUAGAUGGCAGCCCGCUCCGCGGGUACACCGAUAACAAUGGGAAGUGGGGAGAGUUGCCGAUCCGUUAGGUGAUCCGUGACACUACCUUCUAAAAGUUCUUCGUCACUUUAUCUUCUGUCUCCGUUCGAUGGAUUUCGAGAGCGCUCUAGCCGCCUCUAUUCGCCCAGGCUCGAAAUGCUCUCUUAGAAUAUUCGUCCUGAGUUUGUCAUCGCUGAUCGCUCAGCCAGUCUGAUGUGUAUUUGUUAACGCACAUUCUUCCAUUGUGGUUGUGGUCACAAGAAGCGCAGUGUUUUACCGUCACAAAUAUGGCAUUAGAGCAAUUUGCAAUGUCCUUGUUAUUCGAGCGGGUAUGAAAGCUAUCUAUUUUCCUGAAUCGUAUUUUUCAUGCGAAGGGAUUUUCUUCGUUUCCCAUACCUGCUACAUUGCAUGAUUAAAUCGAGACAUCCAGGCAUUUAAACGGCACGUGCACUGUAUCACACUUUUUAAAGUUUAAUGCAAUGCUUUAAUAUUACCAGCCGUGUGGUUCAAGGGGUGUGGUUAAACACGUUGAACCACACGGCUGCUGACGUCACUAUCAUAUAGUUGCGAGCUUUUUGGCAGGUAUGGGAAACACCUUCCAGCCCUAAGGCCGGGAAUUCAAUAAAUGUCACCUCGCUUUUUUAGCAAAAUCACCUCGGGCCUAACGGCCCUCGGAGUUUUCGCUAAAAAACCUCGGUGACAUUUAUUGAAUCAUCCCGGCCCCGGGCAGGAAUAUAUUAAGAAGUGCAUUGCUUCGCUUGUAAAUCAUGAAUUUAUUUUUUAGGGCCAUUGGGAUCAGUCCCGAAAAUCCACGGUGCGAUUGCGAUAUAUGUGCCCUUUGCUCAAUGUAUCAUGACCCUUUUUGUUAGCUUCCUUGUUAUCCGCAUUAAUUAGCUCAAUAAAUUCUGAAAAUGUG